AUGAAUACAGGUCUCAAUCAGUUCAUCGGCAGAAUCCAAGACUUUAGAUUUUACGACGACGCUCUCUCGAAUAGAGAAAUAGUUCAGAUCCACACAGGCCUCCUGCCAAUAUCUCGCAUCCAAUCAAAUUGCUUCUGCCCUGCUAGUCACACCUUUGAGCAGGGAUCCAGCGAUCCUAUUGGCUGCUACAGAAAUAACAUCGACCUAAAUUAUUCCAACCUCACUAACGUAAACAACCUUGACCCAAUUAGAGUUCAAAGGAUUAGUCCUCUGAGCCAUCCAAUAGAAAUGCUCAAUGAUGGUAACCCAAAUACAUAUUUCCUCACAAAUCCUAUAGACUCUCUAACUGUAGAGAUAGAUUUUGGAGACGUUUUUGAAGUUUUUUUCACAAAAAUCACAUUCUUCAGUCCGCUGCCUGUCUGGCUAAAAAUAGAAAAAGUUUCAACUGACCUGAAUAAUAAUAAUAAUAAUUGGGUCACGUGGCAGUAUUACUCACGUGACUGCAUGAGGGAUUUCGGCCUGAUUCCAAAUGGGCCGCUGGACAAUGCGACAUCCUUCAACUGUUUGACUAUAGACGGAUCACAACCAUCAUCGCUGUCCGGGGCCUCAUUAAUAUUCAACCUCCUGACGUCAUCGCGACCCGGGUACCAAAGCCCCGGCAACCAACUUGACCUAAUUAAUCACAUGAUGGCCUCCAGGGUCAGGCUAACUAUGUCGGGUCACGAGGAAAGUUUAACCCUGAGGCACCAGUACUUCGGGAUUUACGAGGUGGAAGUUAUCGGCAGGUGCGAUUGCAACGGGCAGGCGUCGGAAUGCAAUACAUCCUCACUCCCAUAUAGAUGCAAAUGUAAUGAUGGGACUUACACCACUGGCGAUAAGUGCGACCGCUGCUUGCCAUUAUACAACAACAAACCAUUUAAACGAGGAUCAGCCAAUCAGAGAUCGUCGUGCCGCGCCUGUCAAUGCUAUGACCACGCCUCCUCCUGUUAUUACAACUCUUCCAUCGAUCUCUUCAGCACCAAUCAGAAUUUAGGAGGGGGAGGAGUUUGCCUCGAUUGCCAAGACAACACCGCCGGAACGGGCUGUGAUUGGUGCGCUAAAAAUUACUACAGACCCGAUGGUAGAAGCUUAUUGGCUAAAAAUGUUUGCGAGGAAUGUAACUGCAAUCCUAUUGGCUCUGAAAAAAGUGCAGAUGAUGAUGGAUUCGAUUGCGAAAAGGUAGGCGGACAGUGCAAAUGCAAAAGAAAUGUUGAAGGGAGGCAGUGUGACACCUGCAAACCUGGUUUCUUCAAUUUGCAGGGCUCAAACCCCCAGGGCUGUGAACCAUGCUUGUGUUAUCCGGGUGGGGCAAGCCCUGUAGGGGCCUCCAGUCCUGGGGUCGAUACAUGCCACCCAAUCACCGGGCAGUGUCUUUGUAAAGAGAAUGUUCAAGGUUUAAAAUGCGAUGUCUGCAAGUUCGGCUUCUACGGACUCUCCACUCAAUUUUCGGCUGGCUGCCAGCCGUGCAACUGCCAUCCGCAAAGGUCACUCAAGUCCACCUGUGACGUCACUUCCGGCCGGUGCUCCUGCAGAGAUGGAUUCGGCGGUCUGACGUGUGAGUCCUGUGCUGACGGUUCCUACCUGCUGGGUUCCUGCAGAGCAUGUGAUUGCGACCCGCGUGGAUCGACCCCAGGUACCCAGUGCAACAAACUGACGGGGGCCUGCACCUGCCAGCCAAACGUCAUCGGCAAUGCCUGCAACACUUGCAUGGAAAACACUUUCAACCUUUCAUCCAGUGGAUGUCGGCCUUGCACAUGUGACCUCUACGGUGUCAUUGACCUUCACAACACCUGUGACGUCAUAACCGGAAACUGCACGUGCAAAGAAGGUGUUUAUGGUCCGAAAUGCGACAGCUGCAAACCUUUCUACUACAACUUCCGACGUGCACCGGAAAUCGGAAGUAUAAGCGGAUACGGAAGUGGCGGUUGCCAGCCGUGUCCGUGUGAUGUUUCUGGAACUAUUUCCUGUAAUGAUGUGACUGGCGCGUGCCUUUGUAAGCAGAAUCGAUCCGGGGAGAGAUGUGACCGAUGCAUUACAUCAUCAUCGUCAAUGACGUCGCCGAUGACGCCACCAACAUGUCUGCCGUGCAACUGCAACCUCGCCGGGACGAUCCUGAACACUGCAUGCGACCCUCUGACCGGCCAGUGCCAGUGCAAGAUGGCCGGAAGUGGAGUUGGAGGAUUGGCGUGCGACACCUGUCUGCCCAUGUUCUGGGGUUUUAGCACCACUUCCGGAGAAUGUCAGCCAUGCAAGUGCGAGCCAGCGGGCAGUCAGGACAACGAGUGUAACGUCGGCACGGGUCAGUGCAAAUGUAAAAGGCUGACGUCUGGCAGGCGAUGCGACGUUUGUGUGGAUGGAGCCUCUGACCUUUCGGCUUCCAACCCGGACGGCUGUGUUCAAGUGCCGGGACAAAUGCUACCGGUCUCGGUGAUGGACUCCGGCCCGACAUACUUCACGUUGUCAUGGUUACCGCCUCGCGAAGCGAAUGGAAUUCUGAUUGGAUACAAGUUGUUCAGGGAUGGCCUGAUGAUCUACAACGGGACGAAUAACGAUACGGUUUACAAUGAUACCGGCUUAGAACCGUACACGAAAUAUUCGUACCGGAUAUCGGUGGAGAACAACGUCGGCACAACAUCAAGCCCAUCUCUAACUUUUCAAACUGGCCAAUCGACGCCGAGCGGUAACUUCACCUUCAAAGUGACCAACAUAAAAUCUAGGUCAGCUCGAGUCACAUGGUCACCGCCGUCGAAAAAUAAUGGGGUCAUCCGGAAGUACGUUGUCAGGAUUUCAGAGAUGGUCUAUAACAACAAUAACAACAACAAUAACAGGCUUGACCUAGAAACGAACCUGACACAGUUAAAACCCUACACGAAAGUAACGAUACAGGUGCAAUGCUGCACGAUCAUUGGUUGCCUCUCUAGCCAAUCAGAGCAGACCAUUGUGACGUUAGAGGAGGCUCCGGCCAAUCAAGAUGCUCCGUCCGUCACUGCCCUGAAUGCAACGGCCCUAUUGGUCAGUUGGUCACCUCCAAAUAACCCAAAUGGUAUCAUCAUAUUUUACGAGUUGUGGCUACGAUCUCCAACAACAACCAACAACAACAACAACGCAACAACAACAACAUACAGUGAGCCUAGAAUGAUAUUCAACCCAUCCGGCCAAUACGAUCCUUUGAUAGUUCCAUCUGGAACCUCGUCGUUACCUCCACCUCGAACUAAUUUCACUGCCGUUAAUUUGGCCCCUUUCAGUAAUUACGAAUUCAAAGUAGUCAGCGAGAACUCGUUCGGAAGAUGUGAAAGUGUCUGGAAUGGGGGCUAUACUAAAGAAGAUGCGCCAACUUUUGUCUCCGCUCCCAACGUAACCAUGGCAACCAAGAGCCAACUGCAGUUAACCUGGUCAGAUCAGAGUUCAAAGAUUAACGGCGUCGUUAGGUCACGUGCUAUUUGCCACGUGGUUGGCUACGUCAUCGAUAUCUCAGGCUCUGAUUCGUGGAAGGUUGGUAUUUGUGCCAACCUGUCAUCAACCACCUACACGUACAACCUCACCAACCUGCCCCCCUACUCCAAUAUCUCCUUCUACAUGGCCCUCUGCAAUUCCGUCGGCUGCUCUAACAGCCAAGUCACGUGGUCUGUGACGUCACUGGCCGCGCCAGAUAAACUGAAAUCUCCAGUUGUAAUCCCACUGAACAGCACAUCCCUAAAAAUUACCUGGACCCCACCGGCCGUUUUGAACGGGCCUCAGCCUAAUUACGUAAUCCGGAGAUCUCAACCGGCAUUUAGUAAUACUCCAGUGCCAGUUGAAAGGGGUAAUACCACGGUGUCCUUUGACGGUAUUGGGUACUAUAAGUUUGAUGCCAAUGUCGUACCGCAGGGUGUUGCUUAUACUGGUUAG